AUGGAGUCCGUGCCUCGAGCCCGAAGCGUGUCCAGCAGCGUCUCCCUCGCGUAUCCUCACAGCGUGACGGUCCAGACGCUGCUCAGCAGCAACGCAAACCCGCCCAGCAGCCGCACGUGGACGCCGAGCAGCGGGGGGUUUAAGUUCCCCGGCGAUGCUGACGACGUCGAGGAGCGAGAGCUCUUCGUCAACUACUACAACAGGCUGGCGGCAAAGAAUGGCACGAGUCCGGAGAGACGCGGCUGGUUCUUCCGCAUCUUUCGACCCUCGUCCGGCCAGUCGACCCCAAACAAGACCACUCCCGCGUGCCGAGCAGCGCACAAACGGAGUGUGUCUGACCUGGGGGCCUUCAUGCGGUGCAAGCCCGAGGCAUCCAAGGCUCUUGACCUCGCAGACAUAGUACGGCUGAGCGGGAAGAGCCUGCUGCAUCUUCCCCCCGAAUACGCCCCAUGCGUCCUGAAUCUGCCAACGUGCCUGCGGGCAACUGCUCACUACAUCGCCCAGAACGCCGCCACUCGAGGCCUUUUCCGUAUCCCGGGCUCAGUCAAAGUCGUUAACACCCUCUACGAUUACUACUGCAGUGCCCGCGAGAACACGUCUGAGGUCUCUGGAACCGUCCAUCUUGCCACCCUCCCGACGCACAUCCAGUAUCAGGUCCAGGAUGUCGCAUCCACCUUCAAGCGCUUCCUCUCCUGCUUGCCCGGCGGGAUCCUGGGAUCACUGGCGUUGUUUGAUGCCUUUCUUGCCAUUCAUUCGCAGCUCAAGGGCCAGCCAGAGUACCCAAGAACGAAGCAGACGAGGCUUCGCGCACGCCUCAUCGCGCUGGCUAUCGGCACCGUUCAGUCGCAGUUCCGCCGCGAGCUCAUUAUUGCCGUGUUUGGCCUGCUGAGCAUGAUCGGCAGGAUUGGCGAAGUCUCUCCGCGUGAAGAUGAGGAGGGCAGACCUCUCCCAACCCACGACCUCAUGGGAUACAACGCCCUCGGCAUAGUCUUUGGUCCGCUGCUGGUGGGAGAUCUGAUCGAUGGCUAUACCGUCAAGGAGACCACGCCAGAUUCUGGUCCGCUACUCGUCCCAAUAUCACCCAAGAAGCGCCGAGAUCGACAGAAAGCAAAGAAUGCCAAAGACCCCAAGGAGCCCAAGGACCCCAAAGCUGGUCACCACGAUGUUGACAAAGCCAUGGUGGCCGUCGAGAUUGCCGAGAUGCUGAUUGCCAACUGGCGAGAUGUCGUUCGCCAGAUGUUCGCCUUGGGCGCGCACCUUGACCAGGACACUGCGUCGACGCAGGCUCCUCUUGCAUCCGUGGCUGUAUCGCUGACGGCCAGCCUUGCCGCCGACUCGGAUGCGAUUGCAGCUCACGAAGGCAGCCCUGGGCCGGGAGCUUCUCCAGGAUCGCUUAAGCCAGGCAAGACGCGGCUAUUAAGACAGGGAAGCGGACGACAGACAUCUGCCACCCAUUUAAGCCCGACCCUAGAGGAAGGCCAUCAGGGAGAGGCUGAUCGCGGACGCCGUAUGUUCCACGCCGCUCACCAGCCACCCGCAGCCAAGGGCAAUGCCACGCCAGUCUCCAAGCCAUUGAUCUAG